GCUGUGUGACCCAGAUUAAGGACGUGACGCGUAUAGUGGUGCUUUCUUGGUGCAUCCCAUGCGUAGUGCGCGUUCUUCUAGUGGAGGUGGCGAGUCUGUUUUUAUUACACCGUAGCCCCGAGCGGCCACUCCGCCUACUUGUCAUGCGGCUCACAUGAGUGGGAUCGUCAACACAUGGUUGCGUUGUUUUCUUAUUGCUAUUUGUGGAAAUGAAUGGCGCGCUUACCUCCGUGUGAAGGCGUGGAGUUGACUUUUUGCACUCGAACACAUGAAACUGCGCGCCGCGGUCUGCUUCCUUGCGUCGAGCACGUCGCGUUGUGUUAUGGCGCGCUACCCAACGAACACUAUAUAACUCUACAAUCGUCCCUCAAACUUUUUUCGUUGAGCUGCAAACCGAUGUCCGCACCCAGUCGCAUACCAAGGAAUCGGACUCGGUGUCAACUUUGCAAGAACAUCCACCAAGUAAGACACCCUUUCAAUAGUAGUAAUCUUCAUCCUCUUAAUUCUAGUAGUAUGGUGGAGGCAGAACAGAAGACGAUAGAUGCGCGCGAUGCGCACGGCGUGGGCUGCCUUGCGUGUUUCCAGGCGAAACACCAAGCACCCAAAUUCAGCAAGGAAAUUUCCGUCAGUCAACUCCUGAGAUUUUUUAAUCUUCGGCACUGACGUUAAACGAACCUGAAGCUGGAGAGGGCCCUUCACCUAUAACCAGUGCAAGUAGCCAGCCUCCUCCAUCCCUAGACUCCCAAAGCAUGGGAGCUGGUCUCCC